AUGAAUAACAUUGAUGUUGAUGAAGAUGUUAAUUUUAUGUUAAAUUAUCGUUCCCGCGUUAGCACAUGCGCACUCAGUAGUUUAUACAGUCCGAAAGCGGAUGAUAAUAAUAAUCAAACUCCCAGAAGUUCACGUCGUGUCCAGAAGAAAUUAUUUCCUACCGAUUUAAAUGAUAGAGUCAUUGAACAAGUAACUGUGCGAAGUGAAAAGUGCGUAACAAGAUGUUCAUUAAAUAUAAACUGCGUAAAAACUCCACCGAUGAUAAAAUCUCCAUAUCAUCAACCAUCAGCUCCGACAAAACCGCGCCGAUUUACCGACAAAUCAGAUCUGAAACCAAAGAAAUUGAUUUUUAAAGACAUCGAGGAACCAGAAUCUGAUCCAAUCGAGCAGCCAUCAGCGAUUGGGAUUAAAUCUGAUGACAAAGUCCUGCAGGAAAAGCAGCCGUAUUUUUCCAGAGGACCAACGUCAACAUCGACAUCAAAUAAAAACAAUGAGCGUUUUAAAAUGAAGCGGAAAAAUAUAAACGACAAUAAAGAAAAUAAUAUCGAGUUUCAUUAUCAGGAUAAUAAAAAUUUAAAUACAAAUAACAAUAAAAGUUCAAUUAAAAAAGGAUCGACAUCCUUGACCCAAAAAAAUUCAAACGGCAAAGUCGGACUCAAACAUUUAAGAGUAUAAUGGAUUUAUUUACUUUUUUCUUUUUCUUCGCGUAAGAAAUUUAAUUGUCUUCAUUUAUUUAUCGUGUUAAUUAAUUAUAAAGUUUAAUAACAGUAAAUUUAUUAACAAAUAAAAUUAUGUUUAGUUAC